AUGGAGAAAUUAUCUAUACAGGACCGAACCGAAAGCCCCCGCCAGGGGCAUUCGCAACCGCAGCACCAGCACUCGCACUCGCAAAGUACUGGCGGUCCCCCGCAGCUACCUCCGCAAAUGUUCACGACGGCGGCGCAGUUGUUGGAUUUGACAGAUAAAAAACUCGUUCUCGUCCUCCGCGAUGGCCGGAAACUCAUUGGCGUUUUGCGCAGCUGGGAUCAAUUCGCAAACUUGGUUCUUCAGGAUACCGUUGAAAGAAUCUAUUCCGGGACUUAUUAUGCGGAGGACCCCGUGGGUUUGUUUCUAGUGCGUGGUGAAAAUGUUUUACUGUUGGGAGAGAUUGAUCUCGAUACCGAAGACGAUGUACCUGAUUUCCUGACCAGAGUGACCGUCAAAGAAAUCAAGGACAUGAAAGAAAAGGACGAAGAACAGCGCAAGAGGAAGGACAAGAAGAGCUAUGGCAAACUAUCAGGCCUUGGCUUCGAGCCCGAGCAUAGCGGGGAGGUGCUGUUUUGA